CUCCAGGAGCAGCCCAAGAUGCAAGCAUCCCUCAUCUGCCUGUGCCUAUGCCUGCUCAGCACAGCCCUCGCCACACCUGUGCCACCACCGCUGCCAGGGAGAGCUGCUGGGAACUGUGUGGGACAGCACCGGAUACUUCUGAAGGGCUGCAACGCCAAGCAUGGCUUCUACAUUUUUCAAUAUAUCUACUCAUUCUCAACGCGGAGGAACGAGACACAGAUAAAGAAAGAAGAGGCUGACCACCAGAAUAUCAUCCCCAGCCACCGGCUGGAUGAGGACAAUGCCAGGCAGGAGCCACCAGAGGCUGGGACAGCUCCAGAAAACAGUGACAACAGCAGCACUGAAGUAAUCGAGUAUGGGAUUGUCCUCAAGCCUGAAAACCGCAGCACCCCAGGCAUCAGCAGGGAUGGUCCCAGUACUCGCCCUGGCACUGGCACACGAGUGCGUGGCAGUGGCGGUGGCAUGGGUCCUACCCCAUCCAGCUCAGAAGGCAGCGGCGAUCUGGAUUUGGUGGUGGAAGUUGAUGGCGGUGUUCCCGUUCUUCCUCAGGGUGAACACCCCAGUGAGGUUGUGGUGGAGAAUAGGUCCAGUGUCAGGAGUGAGGAUAAGAAUAAUGGUGCCCUCAGGGUGGUUCCAGUGGAGGAAGCCGUGACUGCUGGGAGGUGGAGGGCUCCUACUACCAGAGGGGCAGGGGAUGAGGGCAGCAGGGAGGCCACUGUCUCUGGCCAAGGGCAGGAAGGUGUUAAGCAGGGUACAGGGACAGGAGGCAUCACUUCGUCCUCUGUCACUGAGAGGAUGGAGGAUGUCCAAGUGGAUGCUGCAGGUGUGGAUCAAUAUGCUUAUGUCCCCGAUUCAGGCAGUGUCACCAUCACCCAUGGGAGCCUGGGCAGCACAGACAGGGCCAUUGGCUUCAACCAGGUCUCUCCAGACAAGGAUGAUGAGGUCAACAUCUUCAUUGGGAGGGCCAACAUCCAUGUGGGGGGGCAGGAAAUCACUCAGGCUGGUGUCACAGUGGGUAGUGAGGAUGACGGCAUCCCCUCUGUGGGAACCAGCAGCCCCCUCCCCAGGCUGGGCAUCACUGCAGCACCCAGUGGUGGUGAAGAUGACAACACCCCUGCCCACAGGCAGCCUGAAAGACUGGCCACCACAGCCAUCCCAGCCCGUGGGGACAGUGUCACCAGCAGCCUCAGGGAUGGCCGUCUCAAUGGAGAGGAUGAAGAAGAUGCAACCACCAUUGGUGUUGAUAGAGGACUGGUAACCCCUGUCCCCUGGAGAGUCACUAGUGGUGACAUUACCAGCCCCACAGUGGCCAGCAUCCAUGCAAAAGAUGAUGAUGAGGUAAGAGGUGAGGGGCAGAGGUCCAAGGGGAAGCCAGACCGUGUGGCUACCACAACCCCCCGCCAGUGGAGGGACAUGGAGACUGCUGCCACUGUCCCAGCCGAGAGGGUCAGGAUCCGCCCGGCCACUACUGAGGAGGACCGCACCACCCAGUUGGUGACAGCCAGCAGCCACAAGGCAGGCACGAGCACUGUGCUGGGCAGAGGAGGGAGUGGGGAGGUGGGGACAGCCACCUCCCGACUCCCCCGUGUGGAGGCACGGCCCGGGGCAGGGGUGAGGGUCCGUCCAGGGGGAGCAGGGCCGGACAAGACACCCAAGAUGGACAAGGCACCAUCCCCAAGUGGGAAACCCAGCAGCUGGGCAUCAAGCGGGGCCCAGAGAAGUUCUGGCAGCUAUGAUGGUGAUGCUGGGGGCAGGUCACAUGCCACCAAAGCAGGGCCCAGCCCCACUCCACAGGCAGGGCAAGACACAGGCAGCAUGGCAGCAGGCAGGGGCCGGGAACGGGGGCAAGGCGGAGAGAGCAGGACAGCAGCGCCAGGGGCCAAGAGUGGCCAUCUGCCUGGGCAGCAUGGCAGGAGGCUGGGGACUGGGACGCCGGGCACCAUUGCGACGCUAGGCCGCAGCCGGCAGCUGGACCAGGUGAAACGGGCUGACGAGCUCCACGUCCGUGAGCGGGCCUUUUACAGCCUCGGUGGGGCGGGCGGCGGCCCCCACGUCCCCUACCCCGGCCUCGGGAGCACCGACAGCAGCCAGUCCUCUGAGGGGGACCGGGGUAGCCACAGCGAGAGCGGACAGAUGGGACUGCAGCCCUCAGGGUGGGGAUCCCCAGGGUACCCCCAAGGCCGCUGGAUGCAGGGGCCCCUCUGA